ACACAUACACACAGCCUUCCUGACUUAGCCCGAGCCUCACUCAGGAGAGGAGCAGUCUUCUCUCCGCUCUUGAAGCUGCUUUCUGUUCCUUCCCCGCCCAUCUGAGCUGUCAGCAGCACCAGCGAAGUUGGCCUCAAACUUGAAUGGGGCUGAAGGCUCCAGCUUCCUGGAGCUCCACGGGGCGGCAGGCUGGCCGGAGCCUCUGAGUUCAGCUGGCCUGGAGAAGCCGACCUUCCCAGCACCCCCGGCUGACCCUGGCUCUCCUGGGUGACACGUCUGCCCCUGACCUGUAGGCCCCCAGUCCUGGCCAAGGAAUGGUGCACUGAGGUCCCUCGGAAGCCCCUCGUCCCAUCCUGGAGCUGGAGCAGCCCAAGGCCCAGGCCAGCAUGGCCAACCCCGGACAGCCUCAGUUUUCCCCGGCUCGGGAUCCAGGCCCUGCCUCACCCCUGGACCUGCCGGAGAUGGAGAAGCUCCUUGUGCAGGUCGGAGGCCAGGAUGACAAGCCCCUGAAGCUGUCCAAGUCCCUCUCAGGGCCUCUGGACCUGGAGCAGAAUGGCCACAGCCUGCCCUUCAGGGUGAUAUCCGAGAAGCACCGGGAGGUCUUGCACCCCCUCUCGUCCUCCCGGGCCAGCUCCAGGAGGGCGUCCUCCACGGCCACCACCUCCGAUGCCCAGGACAGAGAAGUUCCCAGAGAUUAUCUCAUCCUUGCCAUUGCCUCCUGUUUCUGCCCUGUCUGGCCCCUCAACCUCAUGCCCCUCAUCUUUUCCAUCAUGUCUCGAAGUAGCGUGCAACAGGGGGACCUGGACGGGGCCCGGAGGCUGGGCCGCCUGGCUGGGACGCUCAGCAUCACCUUCAUCAUCAUGGGGAUCAUUAUCAUCAUUGUGGCCGUGACUGUCAACUUUGCAGUUCCGAAGAAAUGAAACUCACUAGGGGGCGGCGCUCGCAGAAGCAGCCCCAGCCCAUUGAAGAGCUCCACCCACACGCCUCCCGGAGGACAGGAUGAUCCCCCAGCUCGAAAAGCACAAACUUGGAGGGAACCCCCCAAGUCACCCCAUUGCUAGCCCACAUCAAAAGGCGGGAAAAGAGAGGAAGAAAGGAAAGGAAAUGGACUCUGAAACAGAUGAAUAAGGUGGUCCAGUCUCCUGGGCACGUCCCCGUAUUUUAACCCCCGGGCUCUGGCUGGUUUCUCAUCCCCGUGGUUUCCUGGGAUUAGCCAAGCAGGCAUAUACUGCCAGAGUGAGAAGAAACCACUCCCGCCAACGAGACCAUGGUGGGGAGAGAGUCCCUGCGUGUCUCAUGACCAAGAGCAAAGACACAGACUUUAUCUUUUCUAUUUUUCUUGAGGUGGGAUGAAAAAAAGACUGCCCUCAUGCCUUGUGCCACAUGCCUGAAGCGAUCCCAGUUGGUGCCCUGAGCUCAGAGGCUGAACUGCUGCUUAGCACCUGCCCUGUAACCCCUCGGACACAUGGGACGUGUAGCUACCCUGGAAAGAGGCAACAGCCACCCUUAAAUCCUCCAUCGCAGGAUGAGGGCACCAAGAGGAGUGUUGUAGAGACAGAAAUGGGGACAGCAUGACCCAUGGACCUCUUCUCAAACAUUUCAGCCUCAGGAGCCUCUUGGUUGAGAAGCCUGGUCCCAGAACGUCUCCCGGAAUGACCCAAGUCUGCCUCUUGUUCCCUACCUGGGCUGCAGUCUGGGGCACCAAUCAAGAAUUCCCGGGGCCCUGACUCCGUCUCCAGGUCGGCUAGUGAAGAGGAACUCAGGCCCGAGCUCUCAUCCGGGGACCACCUGGUUGUCUGGGGCACAAACUCAGGGUUUCAUGCGGAGGGGCUCAGGGUCCCUGUGCAAAGCGGCUGAAGGUCCUCACGCAGAGAGGCUCAGGUGGGGCAUGGCUCCCAGCUCCCACCCCAGCUGCCUCUGAUGCUCUGUGCCUCACCCUGCACCCCUGAUAAGCCUCUAACAGCAAAGGUUUUCCCCAGAGUCUGCCUUGGAACCACCCCUGGGGGAAAUUCCUAUAGGCUCCCAGGCCCUUAGGGAUGUCUGUGCCUCCUUUAGGGGUGUGGGUCCAAGAGUUUUUAUGAAGGUUUGUUAUUUCCUGGGUCUAGAGAAUUUCAAGAUGGAGGGAAGAGCCUGGCUGAAAGGUCCUGUCUUCGGGAACUCUGGGCUUGGGAACACACUCACAUGCCCAGAAUCAGGGGCCUGGACACCAUGGCCUGUGUCUCAGGACCUAAUGGGGCACCAGGAGGGAGUGAAGCAGGGCCCCUCAGACUUCCCCCUGGUCUUUCCUGAUCCCACUUCCCCAGCUGACUGCAGCCCCCAAGCCCUGGGUAAUGGAUGCUCUGGGCUCCCCCCACCCCCACCCCAGGAGGCCCUGCCUAGCAGCCAGGGUUCCAGGAGGCUGGGAGGGCAUAUUGGCUCCACAUUGGCUGAGAAUGUUUUCUCUGCCCCUGAUCAGCACCCUCAUGCCUCCUUUUAGGGCUCCUGCGUGUCUCCCCCACCCUCCUCAGAGGCUCCUGGGGAGGGAGACUGUUAGAGUUUCUGUCUUCCGGGAGGAGCUCUGGCGGGUACAGCUCUGAGCCUUCUAGGAGGGCCUGUGUGAUGGAGGGGAAUGGAAGGGAGUGUUCAGCGCCCUGGAACACUGUAUAGAUCCCUCUGGGGCUGGCAUUCCUGCAUCAGUGCCCCACCUGGGAAUAAACCCCAGCCUUUCUCACAUCUAAAGGAGGGGCCUGCUGAAUCUGUUUAAUGGGACCUUUGAAGCCAAAACAGAGAUGCCCCUGUUUGUUGGGGAAGGAAGGAGUUGAGUCCAGAGUCUUUGUGUCACUUUCAAGGUCAGGCCAGGGGAGUCAUGUGGUCUGUGAAUUUGACAUUCACAGGCCCCGACUCUGGAAGGAGGGGUCAUGAGUGAACGUCUCCUGGUAGGCCCCAAGGGGUCCCCAGCUUCAGUCCCCCAGGGAGACAACAGCAGUGAACCAGACUGUUUAGGCAUGGUCUCAUGGGCAGAGGCAGGACUGCGGCCUCUGUGUGCUUCGGGACCAUCACACACACCCACACCUGUCCUGCUGUCCCAGUCACACCCAUGAAAGCAGACCCUCACUGCCCCCUGCCACCCACACUGGCUCCUCCUCCAAACCCAGAAUAGCAGAGAAAGAGAGAAGCCGCUGCAGACAGCUGCAGGAGCAGACAGAGCAGGAGCAUCCUUCCAUUUGGGCAAGAAUGACUAGUUUUCUACUCAUACCGAGAAUGUAGCUCAGAGGCCCCAAGAGGCUGGCCCUUCUGGCAAAGAGGAGCCGAGGACAGGAAACCCUUCAGAAGUAAGACUGGGAGAGAAGGUCCUCAUUGCCCCUCACCCACAGGGCACCUGACACCCCCAGGCCUUGGUGAAGAUGAAGGGACAGUGGCCCUGCCAUCCCAGCUCCAUCGUGGGUCCAGCGCUGGCUGCAUGAACACCGUGGUCCCCCGGCUUGUGGUGCUGAACCAGCCCCUGCCCAGGUCCCCUAGGGAACAGCACGCACUACCCCCCACCAGCCCCCAGUUAUCAGAUCUCGUCUCUGUAUUCCUCUGCAUGGAAAGAAAUAAAGCUGACUGCCCAUCAA